CAGAGAUUAGUUCCCCCAAGGUCAUAGCAUCGGUGGCUGUGCUCUCAACUGUUCCCUCAAUGACUGGCGGCAGCAUGGAGAAAGUAGAAGUCUUCAAUGCUGAAGGCAAGGGAAGAGCACUCAAGGCGACAAAAGACCUGUACAUUGGGGAUGUGAUCUUUGCUGAACCGUCAUACGCUGCUGUGGUAUUUGAUAACCUCACACAGCAAGUGUGUCACAGCUGCUUCAAGAAGCAAGCCAAGCUGCACCGCUGUGGCCACUGCAAGUUCGCCCACUACUGCGACCGCACCUGCCAGAGGCAGGCAUGGACGGAGCACAAGAACGAAUGUGCUGCUGUGAAGAAGGCCGGCAAGGCCCCAAACGAGAACAUCAGGUUGGCCUCCCGGAUCUUGUGGCAGGUGGAAAGGGAGGGUGGCAUUGUCUCGGAGGACCGUUUAACAUCUCUUGAGGACCUCCAGGACCAUGUGGAAGAUCUUGACGAAGAGGAGAAGAAGCAGCUGACCGCUGACGUCAAUGCCUUCCUGAAUUACUGGCAGCCUUGCGGUCAGCAGAUUGGGCAUGAGUCCAUAUCCCACAUAUUCGGAGUGAUCAACUGCAAUGGUUUCACGAUCAGUGACCAGCGGGGGCUGCAGGCAGUGGGAGUUGGAAUCUUCCCAAACCUCUGCCUUGUAAACCAUGACUGCUGGCCAAACUGCACUGUCAUACUGAACAACGGCAAUCAUGACGCAGUAAAAUCAAUGUUUCACACUCAGAUGAGGAUUGAGCUCCGGGCGAUAGAUAAAGUCCGAGCCGGGCAGGAGCUGACUGUCUCCUAUGUGGACUUCCUGAACCUCAGCGCCGAUCGGCAGAAGAUACUCAAACUCCAGUAUUACUUUGACUGUAACUGCGAGCACUGUGCCAAGGGCAUCAAAGAUGAUUUGAUGAUGGCCGUGGUGGAGCAGGAAGGCAAAAAGCUAUCUGAAGAAACAGUGAAGGAGGUCACUGAAUUUUCGAAGGCAGCCCUGGAGAAGGUUGACCAGCAUCGAUUAGAGGGGUUGUGGGCUGAGGUAGUGAAGCUGUGUCGGGAGUGUUUGAAGAAGGAGGAGGGGGUGCUGGCUGACACACAUCUGAAUGUGCUGCGGGUGCUAAGCCUCCUGUCAGAGGUACUAUCGUAUCUGCAGCACUUUGAGGAGGCGGCGAUGCAUGCUGAGAGGAUGGUGGAGGGUUACAAGAAACUGUACCACCCGAACAACGCCCAGCUAGGCAUGGCCAUGAUGAGAGCAGGGGUGACCCACUGGCACGCUGGCAUCAUCGAAACAGGUCACGCCAUGAUCUGCCAAGCAUACGGCAUCCUGCUCGUAACCCACGGACCCACUCAUGCCAUCACGAAGGAUCUUGAGACCAUGCGGGGUCAGACUGAGAUGGAGCUGCGCAUGUUCCAGCAGAACGAGUUUCUCUAUUACCAGAUGAGAGAUGCAGCACUGAAGAACAAGAACAUGCAGAUGAUGGCAGAGCCAGCAGCGGGCGAGUACGUCAAACAGCUCUUCCGCCGGAGAAAAUAAGCCCAGAAAUAUCGCUCCCACUCCCACCCCGACUACUACUAAUGCCUGGUUUUGAAACAGGAAAUUUGAAUGUUAUUGGUGCUAUUUUAGUUAUUGAAGAUGGAAGGGGAAUAGAGGGAAACACACAUUCUAUCACAGCCGGACACUCUUUAAAAGAGGCAUCUGGCACCCAGUUUGCGCUUUUGCUUAAUACAUUUCUUAAUACAAAUAGUUGAGCUGUC